AUGGCAGACGAAAGAGAGGAAAUAGAGACGGGGCAGUUAGAGAGAGAGAAAAUAGAGACGGGACAGAGAAAGGAAAUAGAGACCGUGCAGUUAGAGAGAAAGGAAAUAGAGACGGGGCAGUUAGAGAGAAAGGAAAUAAGAGACGGGGCAGUUAGAGAGAGAGAGGAAAUAGAGACGGGGCAGUUAGAGAGAAAGGAAAGAGACGGGGCAGUUAGAGAGAGUGGAAGUAGAGACGGGACAGUUAGAGAGAGAGAAAAUAGAGACGGGACAGUUAGGGAGAAAGGAAAUAGAGACGGGGCAGUUAGAGAGAAAGGAAAUAGAGACAGGGCAGGAAAUAGAGACGGGACAGUUAGGGAGAAAGGAAAUAGAGACGGGACAGUUAGAGAGAAAGGAAAUAGAGACGGGGCAGUUAGAGAGAAAGGAAAUAGAGACAGGGCAGUUAGAGAGAGAGGAAAUAGAGACGGGGCAGUUAGAGAGAAAGGAAAUAGAGGGUCUAUGGGGUAUUCUCUUACAUUGAGAGGACAUAACUACACUGGUCCAGGAACCCGUUUAGAUUUUCUAUUAGACUCAAAUGAUAAUCCAAAACCCAGGAGAAAAACCUAUCAACAGAAUAGACCAGGCUGCGCUCAAUAA